AUGGCUGUUAACUUCCUUUUGUUUGUGUUCUUUUUUGCUAGUCGGUUUAUGGCUGGAUUUAACACUGAGCUACCACAUUCUAACUAUGAAAAUACUAUCACCAUUCUGAGUAUUGAUGGUGGUGGUAUUAGAGGAGUUAUUCCAGCAGUAAUUCUUAACCACUUGGAAAAGGCUCUUCAGGUUAAGGAUAAAGAAGCAUCACUUGCAAAAUAUUUUGAUGUGAUAUCAGGGACUAGUACUGGAGGACUUGUAACUGCCAUGCUCGCUGCUCCUCACCGAGAUGACCCUACUCGUCCUCUAUUCACUGCUGAACAAGUUAUCAACUUCUACUAUCAAUAUGGUCCUUCAAUAUUCAACGAAACUAGUGGUUGGGAUGCUACAUACCCUGGUACAAAGUAUGAUGGAAAGUUCUUACAUAAAAUAGCAAGUGAAUUAUUGAAAGAUACAAGACUCAGUGAGACUUUAACCAAUGUUGUUAUUCCAACUUUUGACAUCAAGAAGUUUCAUCCUGUUACAUUCUCAAGUUUUAAGUUGAAGGCAGUUUCAAGCUUAGAUGCAAAGUUGUCAGAUAUAUGCAUUGGAACUUCAGCUGCACCAACUUAUCUACCUCCAUAUUACUUUGAAAAUGAUGGUGCUGAAUUCAAUUUGGUUGAUGGAGGUGUGGCUGCAUCUAAUCCGGCUAUGGCUGCUGUGAGUGAAGUGAUGAAACAGAAGCGUGCAAAAAUCUUGUUGUUAUCUAUAGGAUGUGGAACUAAAGAGCUUACAGGUUUUGAUGCUGAUGUUGCAACUCAUUUCUCAGCUGCAUUUUGGGCAACAUCUGGUCUUGCUGUUGGUGCUUAUGAUAUUUCUUCUAAAGAUAUAACUGAAUAUUACCUUGAUAAUGUCCUCCCAAACAUCCGCUCUUCUCGCAACUACCUUAGAAUUCAGGAAUAUAAGUUGGAUCCAUCGAUGGAUGCCCUGGAUAAUGCUACAAUAGCUAACAUUAAAAACCUUGAAAAGGUAGGAGAGAGCCUUCUGAAAAAACCAGUUUUGAAGAUGAAUGUGGAUACCUAUGAGCCAGAGGUAAAAACAAACCAAGGUACAAAUGCUGAGGCUCUUGAGAAAUUGGCUGAGACUUUGUACAAAAUAAAGCAGUUUCGUCAAAAGAAGAACAUGAUUGAAAAGCUUAUGGGACGACCAAUUCUUAAAAAUAUCCCAAACCCUUUUGCUACUGCAAAUUAG